AUGCUCGAGUUGCUGAAAGAUAUUGUUCAAUGUUUUGCUCUCCUUAUUUCUAUUUUUCUAAACACAAUUUUAACUUAUUUAAUUCUUACAAAAUCAAACAGUAAAAUGGGUUCCUACAAAUAUAUUAUGAUGUAUCUAUCAUUAUCAGCACUUUGUUAUUCUGUACUGGGAAUGAUUGUCAGACCUGAUCUUCUAUCGUACAGCUCAUGUUUUGUUGUAUAUAUUAAAAAUUCUACUUCAUUUUUUAGUCCAACAGUAAUGAUUUAUUUAAUGUCGCUCAUUUGCGGUUUUUAUUUCUUUUUUGCAUCUUUGAUUUCUGUCCACUUUGUCUAUAGAUACAAAGCUCUGAAAUAUGGCUCGAAAUGGAUAUAUUUUCAUGGAAAGUAUACAUUUGCCUGGUUUCUUAUUUCUCCAAUACUCUAUAUCAAUUGGACAUUAAAUUGUAUAUUUGCGUUUCAGCCAAAUCAAAGAAGUACGGAAUUUCUAAGGCCUAGAAUGGAAAGAGAUUUUGGAAUAAAUGUGGAUGAUGUGACUUAUAUUAUUGCGGAUUUCUAUCCAAUGCAUGAAAAUGGCCAGAAAUUUCCAUCAAUUGGAGCAUUUAUAUCAGGAUUUAAUUUUCUUUUAAUGACUACGGUUUCAUUAUUUGUAAUCUUCAUAUUCGGCUUCAAAUGCUACUACGAAAUGACACGGGUUGUUGUUCCCGGACGAAACUAUUCAAUAACUCAAAAAUUACUUCAAACUCAAUUAUUUCGAGCUCUCGUAUUCCAAACUCUUAUUCCACUCAUCAUUAUGUAUAUUCCCUUAUUUAUUUUAUUUCUAUUCCCAAUGCUCAAUAUUGACUUGGGAUUUGCCCAUUACGUAUCUAUUUCGAUAUCUUUAUAUCCUGCACUGGAUGCUCUUCCAAGUAUUCUACUAAUCAGAGAUUAUCGAGAUUCUUUGAUUAAAAUGUUUAAAAAGCAAGAGAAUGUACCAAUGUUUGCACCGUACUAUGUACGAAGAGGAAGUACAACAAUUUCAAGUGCCAGAAAAAGCCAUGUUCAAUUGAACCGUGUCGAGUUGAGCUAA